AAAGAGUCGAAUUGUACAACGCGUCACGGCAAUCAGAGUGAGCGCACUACACGAUCAAGUAAAAGUAUCUUUGUAUCCAACUAACUACCUACACUGGCGGCCUACACAGCACAGCGUUAAAUACUUGUAGUAUUUGUUGUUUAGUUUCUGCAGAGAUUCCAAAGCGUUUGGGUGUGUUUUUCGUGCUACGCGUUGUCGCCGUGCUAUUAUCGUCACGACCAUUGCUAAGAUUGAAAGUGUAUUGAGUAGAGAAACGAGCGAAAACAUAAAAAAAUCUGUGUGUGAAGGCAACAACACGCUAGCCACUCAGAAAUUGGCAAAUUUUUAAGAAAAUAUUACAAGAACAACAAAUCAAGGUGUAGCACAUUCGAAAGGUGGCUGAGUGACGCGAGCAUUGUUGACAUUGAAUUUGUGCCGCAACGCGUUUGGAGCAACAAAAAAAAAUUUUUUUUAAUAAAAAAAGUUUAAUUUUUUUUUCUCAAUUUUAAUUUGAAGCGUUGUGUAAUCGCCACAACAAACGGCAGCUGAACAGACGCAAACUAGUUAGCUGGUUGGCUUUUAAUUAGUGAAACGGCUAAAAGUAAAAUAAGAAGAAAAUUUCGGACUACGAACAAGUGGAGAGUGAGUCCACAAAUUGUGUUUAACUAAGCAAUAAACACACACACUUACAUAUGUGUAUACAUGAAAAAUAUUAAUCGACUAAGCGAGCGAAGAAUCAAAGAGAUACAGAGAUACUGAGAUACUACAAUCAUCGCCCCUCCCAACCACAACCAAGCCGCACGACACGUCCACUCCAACGCACCAAUACAACAACAAAUUCAGUGAAAAUAAACUGGUCAAUCAAGCAGAUAAUUCUUAGAAGACACACAGGCUGCAGCAAACUGAAACAAGAAACAACAACAAGAGGAGAGCGUAAAAUUAUAUAAAAUAAAAAUAAAAAAAACAACAAAAAAGUACGCUACAACAAAAAAAAGUACAUUACAACAACAUAAUAGUACACCAAAACUGCAAAAAAAACUAAUAAUAUUGCAAUAAAAAGCAACAACAACAAUAGAGUAAAACAACAAAUUAAUAAGAAACUAAAACAACCAAGUUAGUUUACAACAACAUAGACCAAUAACAAAAUUAAAGACAAACAAAAGUAUUGCAAAGCAAUAACAAAGAAAAAAAAUAAAAACAACAACAAUAAUAAUAUUUCGAAAAAACAACAACGAAAAUAGUGUACAACAUCAAAACAUUUUACCCCCCAUAGUAAAAAAUAUUACUAAGCCCUAACCGCAACCCCUAAACAACUUGAGUGCAAUCCAGCCACGACAACAACAACAACAACCACUCACAGCUACACAAAUCCACUAUGCAGGCCAUCAAGUGUGUCGUCGUCGGCGAUGGUGCCGUCGGUAAGACUUGCCUCCUCAUCAGUUACACAACAAAUGCCUUUCCCGGCGAAUAUAUACCGACCGUGUUCGACAAUUACUCGGCCAACGUGAUGGUCGAUGCAAAACCGAUCAAUUUGGGUCUCUGGGAUACGGCCGGACAGGAGGAUUACGAUCGUUUGCGACCACUCUCCUAUCCACAGACAGAUGUCUUUCUCAUCUGCUUCUCACUGGUGAAUCCAGCCUCAUUCGAGAAUGUGCGAGCAAAAUGGUAUCCCGAAGUGCGUCAUCAUUGCCCCAAUGUACCGAUCAUAUUGGUCGGCACUAAGCUGGAUUUGCGCGACGACAAAGCGACAAUUGAGAAAUUAAAGGAGAAAAAACUGACGCCCAUCACAUAUCCGCAGGGUUUGGCUAUGGCCAAGGAGAUCGGUGCUGUUAAGUAUCUGGAAUGUUCGGCGUUGACGCAGAAAGGCUUGAAGACAGUCUUCGACGAGGCUAUACGUUCGGUGCUUUGUCCAGUGAUGCGGGUCAAGCGUUCGCGCAAAUGUGCGCUGUUGUAAAUGCUGCUGUUAGUGGUGUGUGGACGGGCGCAGUGCAGCGAAGUGGUUGCCACCUUUUCAAGCGUAAGAUUUUAUGCCGAUUUAGGCAAGAUCGCUUCGGUUUUUUGUUUAUUUAUUAUUUUUUGAGGAUCUAAAGACAAAAUUUGCAUGCAACGAGUGAGCUUGUAUCAUUCUCAAAGCAAUGCUAAUGACUUUUGAUACACACUGUUAUAUGAAGUAUUGCUUUAAAAAUAUGUAAUUUGCCUGAUAAAAGCAGAAAGUAGAUUAAAAAAGCAAAUAAAAAAAAAAAUUUUUGAAAAUGAAAACUCAGCGCAAAAUUAUUGGAAUUUUUAUUAUUAACUAAUUAAUGCACCAUAUGUGUUAUAUUUGUUGUGCAUACAUACACACAUAUACAUACAUACAAAUUACUAGAUGUGGAGAAAAGUGUCAGUUUAUGCGUGUGUUAGCAGCAAAGCGCAUUAGAUUUUUUACAUUUUUAUUUCAACUUUUUCUUAUUAUUUUCAAUUAUUUUUUGAAUUUUUUCUCUCUCACAUUAGUUUGUAACCCAAUAAAUAUGAUUGUAUAGCGUAGAGAAGAAUAACAAUUGCAUAUACACACAUAUAUAUAUGUACAUAUGUAUAUCGGUAUAUAUUCAAAUACAUAUAAAUAAUUAUGUACAACAAAAAAAACGACAAAAGCCAGACCAAAGCAAAAGCUUACUUAAUUCCAAUUCAGCUCCACAGCGUUUAUCUGAAAUCAACCUCAGCUCAGCUGGUUUUAUGAGUUGCCCACACACUCAGAGUGAGAUAGCGAGAUAAAAAGAGAGAGCGCACAAUAUUUAUGUAUUAUACGACAGUCAACAAACUGUGAAAAGUAUGUGGAGAAGCGUGUAAACUAAAAAUGAACGAGAAUUUUAUCAGAAAGAGUUAGAAAAUAUUAAAAUUUUAAUAUUUUUCCAAUAUUUCUGCUUUCUUUGUUUACAAAUAUCUGAAAUUAAUACAUGCAUUAAAGUUGCUUUGAGAGGGUGCAAAAUAAUAUCGCAUAAAAAAUUCAACCAAAUAAAGAUUGAGUUCGAAGAAAUGUUAAUGAAAAAAAUUUUAAGAAUAUGCAUAGCUUCGGUAGUAUAUCAUGUUAAAACGCAAUGUUUUUUUAAACAUCAUUUACUGUUUUUAAAGUGAAAUCCUUAACAAUCAAACAAAAAUUAAGCAUUGGCUAAUGUGACGUCAGCAAGACAGCUGUUUGCGGUGUCAGUAAAGGCUUAUACUUAUAUAAGUUUUCACACUCUCUCGAUUGUAGUCACGAAAGUCCGGUUGCUGCUUAUGAACUCUUUGAUACUCAAAUAAAGUCUAAAAUGAUCAGUAUUGAACAAACAUAAAGCUGAUUUUUCACUCCCUCGCUCUUUUGCGAGAUCUUAAUCCUUAUUUCAAAUACAGAUCUUUAGACUUACUUUCACUAAUAUGUUUCAGUUUUCGCAACAACUUUGAAAAUAUUUUCAAACCUAUGUACCAUUUUCACCUUCAAACAGAUCAAUAACAACAUAUAUGUACAUAAUUUUGGAUUCAUUUUUCGAAAAUACUGAAAGUUAUCAAUACAUAUUUUAAUUAUAUGUUUUACUUACAAAUCUUUUCAAUAAAAUCUGCUUUUACGAGUAUUAUGUGGUUACGCGUGUAAUUAUAUAAACAAAUGUUUUUCCAAUACAUUUUCAAUUGAAAUCGUUCAACUUUGUAUUAAGGAACUUUGACUUUCUUUUGCGUUUCUUAAAUACCACAACUCCCCCUAACGCCCUAUCAAAAGGAACAAAAGCUGCAAUUGCUUAAUUUUUAAAGUGCAAACGACCACUUGUCCCACAAAUUUAUGCACUUAUGGUAAAGUUUCAAAACUAUUCAAACAGCUAAGUAAUGAAUUUUUAAGUGGCUUUAAGAGUUUACUACGGCAUGUGCCUGGUUUUGAAGCUUUUAACCCCAAAAAACCUAAAGUGUGUAUAUUAAAAGUUGGGUUAAGUGUGUGAAACAAUUAAAUUCAAUAAGUUAUACUCUUUGACGCCUAAGCACAAUACGUCCUGCGCCAAUUUUUUAUACACUCAAAAAAAGUAGGGAAUAUCAACUAUACAUGCAAUAUACAAGAUAUACUGUAUUGGUAUUUCAGGAAAUUCUUGAAUUUCGCUGAGUUUUUUUUGCAGAUCUUUGGCACUUUUUGACAUAUUUUUGGCAACUAUGUAGAGUUACCAGAUAUUAUUGAGUUGAUUCCUCAAUUAUUUCGUUUGGCCAAUUAUCAUACUCGAGUACGCAAAACUAAUCCAAUGACAAGUGAACAUUUUGAUGCAUUGUAUCUACAAGUGAUAUGUGAUUACUCAUUAUACACAGCAAUUUUAAUAUAUAAUGAGACAGGACUAUAUGUGGUGGAUGUGGCAAAACAUCCCAACCAAGCGCCAAUAAUUUUUGCCGAGUGACCAAAGAUGUGUGUGGCCUUGCAUUGUCAUGAUGGAAUACAACUCCUAUUCGUUUUAUCAAUUCGGGCCGCUUUUCUUCAACUGCAUUGUUUAAUUUCGUUAGUUGUUCAAUGUAGACAACAGAAUUGAUCGUUCGGUUGGGUAGUAAGAGUUCAAAUUAGACAAUUCCUUUAUAAUCCCACCAAACUGAUAACAACACCUUCUUUUGAUGAAUACCAGCUUUUGAUGUUGUUUGAGCUGAUUCACUUGGCCUGCUCCACGAUAUUUUCCGCUCGAUAUUGUUGUAAACAACCCAUUUUUUAUCGCCAGUUAUCAUUCGUCUUAAAAAUGGAUAAUUUUCAUUACGUUUCUUUAGCAAAUCGCAGCUGUUUAUGCGUUGCGUUAAAUGCGUUUCUUUCAGUUCAUGAGGAACCCAUGUAUCGAGUUUUUGAACAUAGCCAAGUUGUUUUAAGUGAUUUUCAAUGCAUGUAUGUGAUACCUGAAGCUUCUCUGCAAUUUCACGUGUUGUACUGUGACGAUCCGAAUCGAUUAUUGCUUUGAUUAGGUCGUCAUCAACUUCGACUGGACGACCAGAGCGUUUUUCAUCUUUGAGUGAAAAAUCACCAGAACGAAAUUUGGCAAACCAAUUUUGACACUGCCGUUCUUUUAUGGCUUCGUCGCCAUAAACAGCAAAUAACUUUUUGUGAGCUUGCGAUGCGUUUUUCCCUUUGCGAAAAUAAAAAAGCAAAAUAUGACGAAAACGUUCUUUUUGAUCUUCUAUUUUUCAACGAACGCCAAGCGAAAACUACGCAACCGAUCAAACAACUUUUUUUUACUGAUUGACAGCUAAAUUGCCAACUAUCAAAUAACAAAAUGUGUUUUACAUUUGGACUACGUCAGCAAACCUAAAAAUUCAACUGAAGCCAUCUAUGAGUGAAAUGCGCAAUUACUUAGUUGCCAACCCAAUAUAUAUAUUUAAAAGUAAUAUAUUUCUGACAAUGGGAUUGUUUCUAGAUGGGCUAUCACUCGCUAGCCAAGUUUCUGCUGGAAUAGCAUUUUUUAGUUCAAAACACCAGCAGAAGGGAGUACAAGUUGAUGGCGUAGGAAGUAGCGAGAGCUGCUAGUUUCUGCUAACAGCAAGUAGCUACUACCAUAUGAAGAAGAGAAAUAGCUGUUAAAUACAUGUGAUAUUUGACGUAUAUACUUAAAUUAUGUUUAUUUUAAUACUUUUUAAUUGUGAAAAAAAUAUUAUAUUGAUAGCUUUUCAAGUGUUAAUAUGCCGUCAUUAUUAAAAACAACAUAUUGAUAUUUUUUGUUAAACUGAUCAAUUUUUCUUCUUCCUGAAAGUUAGUGGCUUUAGAAACAAAUCAAAUAUUUUCCGAUCUUCUUCCAGCUUUUCAAGUGCUCUGCUCUUAUGAAGUAUUAAGGUUUUUAUAAAUGAGAUAUUUUUAAAGCUACAAGUGUUUAACUUGCGCGUGAUGACUUUUGGAUUGUACACAGUAUGUACUAUGUGUACAUACAUAUAUAGAUACAUAUGGAAAUAUAUGGUUCAUGAAAUACUCAUAGAAGUUUUCGAACAAAUAUUACGGAAAUAUUAAGUUCAUACAUACAUACAUAUAAUAGAAGUAUAUAUAUAUAUAGAUUUAUGUACAUAUAUAUGUAUACAAAUCAAAAAUCAUGUUGCUCGAAUUUAUUUUGAUGGAGCAAAAUCGAAUCAGGCAUGCGUCAUGAAGAAUAACGCAACCGCGCCUAAGCUUUAUAGAAAUCGAAGAAUAUAUCAGUAGAUAUGUAUGUUUAUAUAAUAUAUGUAUUAGACGAUAAAUACUUCAAUGUCACUGACUUAUUGAGUAUAUUCUUAGAAGUAUAUACCAAUACAUACAUACACUACUACAUAUAUAUCGAUGCAUAUAGUUAUACCAAUACAAAGCACACACCAGCGUCGACUAGUAUCUACUUUUAAGAAAUAUAUUAAAUAAUAUUUAGGCAAACAAACAAUUUAUCGAUCUAAGUUGUGCGAUAAGAUUUGUUGGCAAAUACUGACGUACUAAGGGCAUCUAAAUGUGUAAAUACACACACACAUACACACAUAUAUUCGUAUGUACCUUGAUAUGUCUGUAGACCUGUUCAGCAUUAAGUAAAGAAUUGAAGUAAUUUUCUUGUUUAACCCGGCAAGGUCAGCGACGGGCGGCUUUCUUUAUUUGAUGGCCGGUGAACGCAGCCAGACAUACACACACACACACACACAUAUACUUAUAUAUACGCACGGUAAACAAAAAAGUAAGCGCUGAAAAGAGUUAGGUUCGAUUUGUUUGUAUAUAUGUAUGUAUAUCUUUUGGCAUACAACAACAAA